AUGGCCGUGCCCAAGAAGAAGUUACCCGACACCGCCUACAACACCACCACGUUCCUGCUCAGCAAGCAGCCGGAGGAUUUCGUGGACGGCCAUCGCGUUAAAAUCGCCAUCGUCGGUAGCGGCUACACCGGCGUGGCCGUCGGAGUGGCGAUUCUCUUCAAGAAACUAGCCUCGGAGGUGGUGUUCAUAGACUCGAACGAGGAACUGGCGAAAGCAGAGGCGGAAGACAUCAGCCACGCGGCCGCGUACCUGGGCAACCCGAAGAUCAUAGGCACCAAAGAGUACACCAUGGCCAGGGACGCGGCGGUGUGCGUGAUCACCGUGGGCGAUAGACCCCAGAACAAUCUGGACGCGAACACCCUGUUGGAGCAGAAUUUGAGCACCUUCAAGAACGUGAUUCCGAAGGUCUGCAAGUAUGCGCCGAACAGUGUGCUCCUGAUCGUGACGGCGCCAGUGGACAUACUGUCGUACGCUGCCAUGAAGCUCUCGGGCUUCCCGCCGCACCGCGUCCUGGGACUGGGAACGUUCCUGGACAGCUGUAGGUUUCAGUACUUCAUCGCGCAGAAGCUUGGAAUUUCGGCGAGCUCGGUGCAGGCCGCCGUAAUUUGCGAAAACGGGCCCACGUCCGUGCCCAUUUGGUCGGCCGUGACGGUGAUGGGGAUAAAACUGAAGGACAUCAACAAGGACAUCGGUACGAAAUCGGAUCCAGAAUCGUGGGGCGAACUGCACGCGAAGGUAAUCGACUGCGACAACGACCUUAUCUCGAGGAAGGGCUAUCGCUGCUGGGGUAUCGGUAUCUGCGCUGCAGAGGUGGUAGACGCCGUCGUACGAAACACCUGCGUGUGCAUGACGGUGUCCACGUAUCUGAAGGGUUGUCGACACGGUCUGGAAAAGGACGUGUACAUGUCCCUACCCUGUAUCGUCGGUAGAAACGGCAUAGAAACGCUGCUUCGUCACACGUACACGCCUGAGGAGCAAGAACAAACGGAAGCGUCCUGUCGAACCAUCUACGAGACUCAAAAAUCGAUUCUUCAGGAUCUGGAAUAA